AUGCUUUGCAAAAUAAAAGAAGCCGAAACUCUUCCAGAAGCCAAAGCUGCCAUUGAUAUGGCAGAAGAUUGCCUGUCCAUAAUUGGAGCCUUUAGAUCCAUUAGUACUCUUAAGCAGCGGGACAUGCUGGUACAGUCAGCUGUGGAGUAUUAUGUUGAUGGGAGAUGCAAUGUUGCACUGCAACAGUUUGUCGAUGGUUUUAACACCCUUGGACUUCUUCAAGAAAUGCAGACACACACAGAUCUGUUUCGCAUCAUAUUUGUUGAAGACAAAAAACCACUGCGAUCUUCAGACCUGACAUCACUUUUUGAAGUAAACCUGUCAGAUCAAGACACCUAUAAGAGAGAACUAGAGACCAGGACCUUGUGCUUCUGGAGAGACUGGAUCAUUGAUGUUGAAGAUGAAGAAUGUACACCAUUGACGCUGGAGAAUGUGCUGGAGUUUACUUCAGGGUCUUCAACCAUUCCACCCCAUGGCUUUCUGCAGCAGCCCAAAAUUGAAUUUCUUCAUGACGCACCAGAGAAAAUAUUUCCAGAGGUGUACAACAUCUUCCUUUCUUCAGCCAAAUAG